CCGCCGCCGCCGCCGCGGGCGGGCCCGUCCCCCAGCGUCCCCCCCGAACACCAUAGGCGGCUCCGGCUCCAAGAUGUCCAACCGGGUGCUCUGCCGGGAGGCCAGCCACGCCGGCAGCUGGUACACGGCCUCAGGACCCCAGCUGAAUGCACAACUAGAAGGGUGGCUUUCUCAAGUACAGUCCACAAAAAGACCUGCAAGAGCCAUUAUUGCACCCCACGCAGGAUACACGUAUUGUGGAUCUUGUGCAGCCCAUGCUUACAAACAAGUGGAUCCUAAUAUCACCCGAAAAAUUUUCAUUCUUGGGCCUUCCCAUCACGUGCCCCUCUCCCGAUGUGCACUUUCCAGUGUGGACAUUUACAGGACACCUCUGUAUGAUCUCCGAAUUGACCAAAAGAUUUAUGGAGAAUUGUGGAAGACUGGAAUGUUUGAGCGUAUGUCCCUACAGACAGAUGAAGAUGAACACAGUAUUGAAAUGCAUUUGCCUUAUACUGCUAAAGCCAUGGAAAGCCAUAAGGAUGAGUUUACUAUUAUUCCUGUGUUGGUCGGAGCACUGAGUGAGUCAAAAGAGCAGGAAUUUGGAAAACUCUUCAGUAAAUACCUAGCUGAUCCUAGUAACCUCUUUGUGGUUUCUUCUGACUUUUGCCAUUGGGGUCAGAGGUUCCGUUACAGUUACUAUGAUGAAUCCCAAGGAGAAAUUUAUAGAUCCAUUGAGCACCUAGAUAAAAUGGGUAUGAGCAUUAUAGAGCAGCUAGAUCCUGUAUCUUUUAGCAAUUACUUGAAGAAAUACCAUAAUACAAUAUGUGGAAGACAUCCUAUUGGAGUGUUAUUAAAUGCUAUCAACGAGCUCCAGAAGAAUGGAAUGAAUAUGAGCUUUUCAUUUUUGAAUUACGCUCAGUCAAGCCAGUGUCGAAACUGGCAAGACAGCUCAGUGAGUUAUGCAGCUGGAGCACUUAUGGUCCACUGAACCACUGAAUGCUCAGGGAUGGCACCUGCACACACUCUGUAUACGGGGUCCCAGCCUAGCCCUUACAAAGAUACAGUCCCUGGUCUUUGAGUAUACUGAAACCUCAAACUAAUAGAACUCUGUUCUUUUCUAGUAGGUGUAGUCCUUCCUUAGUUUCAACUCAUUUAAAAAUGCUUUCUUGUUUAGGACAAUGGAAGGAAGGCUGGUAUAAGAACUUUUUGUGCGCUUUUUUUUAUUUGCCUUUUUUUUUCUUUUUUUGUUUUUUGGGGAAGAGAUAAUGGCUGUGAAGGCAUGGUGGUAGACUGUCCUUACAAAUACAACAUAUAAAGCAUUUACCAUAUCCUAAAUUUGCACUCUUUGCAGACCUGUGCACAUAUACUCUGCUUUCAGAAUAGUUUUGCAAGUUGUAAACGGAAAAAGGGGGUGGAAGCUUUUUAAUAAAAGAAAAAAAAAAGGAAAACAACGCAUUUAUAAAUUAUCCUGUAUUA